UGUCAUGAACAAACCGGGACGCAACAGUCGCUCACCAGACUUCGUGCUGGAAUUAUCGUUGAAGCUAUGAUUUCGCGCUUUCGUGAUAUUUCGUGAUUCGAAUCCAGGAAAACUUAUUAGAAACAUCAUUUCGAAGAAAAAUAUUGUGGAUUUAAUUAUUAGAACAAAAAAUGAAUUCAAAAAAAUGGAAACUAAAGGAGGAUCAUUAGCAUAAUAGACGAUCAAUGGUCGUCAAUAUCUUUGAAAUUAUUUGUACCUGUUUUUAAGAGAAACAUUAUAAUUAUAUCCAAGAUGUCAAUCACGGCUUCUACGGAAAAAAUGGAAACAACUAAGGAUCUACCGAAAAAGAAAUUUAUUAACAUUAAUCUUCUUUCAUUAAAACUUCUAUUAUUCCUCUUUUUUGGAGGUAUAUUUAAAACGAAUAACGAAUAAGAAUGGGAUGUCUCUUCCCUUUUCUUCCCUUACAUAUGACGGAAAUGGGAUUGAGUAUCGACCAAAUCCGUAUGAUCUCAAUAAUUUCGCCAGCAAUCGCAAUCAUGGGACCUCUGAUUGCCGCUCCUAUUGCAGAUAAAUUAGCAGAUCAUCGGGGAAGAAAUGAUAAAUCGACAGGUCGUUACCUAAGAUUGAUGAUCGCUAUUGCCUGCAUUUUAUCUGCCAUUUUCUAUGCUUUUCUCUUAUUGAUUCCAACGGUUAAUCGCAUUGAACCCCCAAGAGAAAGAAGACCAGGCCUAAAAUUUAAUUGUGAUCAAACAGGGGCAGUGAUAUUGCAAGAAAAAUGUAAAAAUCGUAUUUCUUGCCAUAGAUGGUCUGAUGAAAGCAGAAUUGGUUCAUUACUUUUGGAAGGUUGCGAUUAUGCUUGUUACCCUACAGGAUUAAAACGGUGGCAUUCUGACAACAAUGAUGGAUCUACUACUUUUGGAACAACCGAUUCUGAUAUAAUUAUUCUAGAUGGCAGUGGCGAAACGACAGUAAUUCCUCUUGAAAGUGAAAUAUAUUCUCAGGAACAAGAAGAAACCAAAAAAAUGCGAAGAUUUGCCAUGUCUCAUAACGAACCACCUCAUUUAUGUUUUAAAGAAGGUGACAAUAUUGUUUGUCAUGUUUAUACUAAAUAUUCAGGCAAUUUAGCCAUAAAUGCCACUUUAAGACAAGCCUUAAACAACAAAAGUGAUCAAGAUUGGUGUGUAUAUCCCUUAGCUGAAUAUUUUGCUUGUCGUAUACCUCUAGAACUGGAAACCAGAAUGGCAGAAAUUUCUCAAAGUUGUACUAUUGAAUGUGAUUUAGUUGAUCCAUAUACUCUUCCAGAUAGCAUCCUCAUAGAAAGCCAAUGUCAAAAGACAGAAGAUUGGUCUCAUUUAGUUUUUUGGACAUAUUUAACCAUUCGAUCAGUCGCUGAUAUUUUCCCAACGACAGCUGUAGCUUUAAUUGAUGCAGCAAUUGUUAUAGUUACCAGAGAAACAUCCUGUGGACGUGGAGAUGUGGGACGUCAAUUAGCUUUCGGUUCUCUUGGAUUUGCCAUCUUUGGUCCCUUAACUGGUUAUUUAUGCACACUUAUGGAAAACUUGAAUUCUUUCUACUAUUUGCCGAUUGGUAUACAUGCUAUAAUGAUGCUUUUGGCAGCUCUUGUAGCUUUUUGUGCCAAUGACAUGCCACUUAGUCCACCGGAAUGGUGGUGGCAUACCAGAAGCGGCAUGCUGGCACUUCCCAUGAGCGCUAUCAAAAGAUAUGGCAGUGAAACUGCCGCUCUUGUAAUUGUACUCAUCGUUAUGGGAACUUUCUGGAGCGCUAUGGAUAGUUAUUUACCUUUACAUUUACAGAAGUUGGGAGGUGAUGAACUUCCUAUUGGUGUAGCUAUGACCAUUGGAGCAAUUCCAGCAUUUUUAUUCCUUUGGAAGUCUGAACAUUUAGUUGAUUACUGUGGUCACAGUAAUCUUCUUAUCACUGCCUUUACUGUGUAUAUUAUUAGAUUUACUGGUUUAAGCCUCAUAGCAGAACCUUGGUGGUCUUUGAUUUCGGAAGGCCUCGAAGUCUUUACGUUAGGAAUUAUGUGGAUUACUGCCAUUCUUUAUCUGAGACAUCUCGUACCACGUCAUUUAACAGUAACUGCUCAAGCACUGCCUGUGAUUGCACAUUUCUGCAUCGGUCGAUGCAUCGGAGCCGUAAUUGGUGCUUAUAUCAAUGUUAAUAGUUCUGAUAUCAUCGAUUCAUUGAGAUUUCUUUAUCGUUGCAUGGCUGUUGCUGCCGCAGCCGUUGCUGGUUUAUAUUUUAUUUUGUACCAUGGUAUAUUGAAACCACGAUGUCAUGCACAUAUCAUACAAGGACCACGACAACCUCCUACUGUUGUACAAGCUGCUAUUAAGGAAUAUGAAUUAACAAUGAACGGAAAUGGAAAUUAUACACCGCUCAGAGUUUACCACAACGGUAUGGGCAGAAAAGGUCAAUUUCGCUAUUGAAAAAUUAAGGAAA